AUGGCAGAAAGUUCAAUUGCAUCUGCAGUCGCGCUACCCGAACCCCCACAAUAUCCCAGCCCAGAAGCUCUACCGAAGCGAAGACAGAGCACUUCAAGUAACAGCAGCAGUAAAAGGAGACGGCUCAGUGCAGACGGGGUCUCCGAGCAUGCUACUCAGUCUGCCAUCCCAUCAUAUUCUUCGGAUACUCGGCGGCCGAAUGAUUCCGGUGAUGUGAGGGCAGCAAAUCAACCCAGGACAGGGAGGGACGAGGAACGUAAACGUGGCCGUAGGCUUUUCGGUGCUCUACUUGGAACGCUUUCUCAGAGUUCAUCUACGCCAGCGCAGAGAAAACGCUCAGAGAUCGACAGGAAGCAACAAGCAAAGCUGAAGCUUCAGGAUAAGGAAUACAAUGAACUAACCAAAAAGAAAUACGAAGAUCUUUUGGCGGCGAGGAGGAAGGAUCAAGUUCUCUAUGAUUCCCAGUCGACCGAAAUUCGUCACGCGAACGCGCUUGCAAUGGCAAACUUUCUCCAAACCAAAGCGGAACCACCAUUGUAUUAUCGACCGUGGUACCUUCGGCCUCAAGACGAAACAAAGAUCCAAAGCCAAAUUGCAGAAGUAAAAACAAGUAUAGAGAAGGAAAGAAUGAACUCGAGCCAACACCAUCAACUACAACACGAGCCAGUGACUGAUGAGCGGAAAUCUGUCGUUGAACAAUCUAAUAUUAAUACCGUUGAGGAUAAGGCCACAAAAGAUAUCACAGACCCCAUAGGAUCUAAUACUGACGCGCUCGAACAGACCAGUGAGGCUCCGGAACGAACCUUAAUUAACACAACCCCUGUCUCAGUACCUCUCGCACAGCCCCAAAGCCCAAGUGGGCUUGAUGAGGAACACUCUGGUGAGGUACUAAUGGAGAAUACCGAGGAUGCUGUAAUUUAUUAA